GUUCUUUUUAUCCCUUCCGUGUAGAUAUCCUACUUGAAUGCUUUGCGGUUCGGGUUGAAGCGUAUCUUUUUUGGAGGAUUUUUUAUAAGGGGUCAUGCCUAUACCAUGGAUGCUAUUUCUUUUGCAAUUCAUUUCUGGUCUAAAGGGGAUGCACAAGCAAUGUUCUUGCGACAUGAAGGAUUUUUGGGAGCUUUAGGUGCAUUUAUGAGCUAUGAAAAACACGGUUUAGAUGACCUCAUGGUGCAUCAGUUAGUUGAAAGAUUCCCGAUGGGUGCUCCAUAUACAGGAGGCAAGAUUCAUGGCCCCCCACUUAGGGAUUUGAAUGAGAAGGCAAGUGAGAGCAAUUGAAAAACCUUGAUGUUU